GUGGUCGGUAGCCGCUAGUUUGGUUAGUUCUCCGGGGCCGACGAAGGGGCGCUGCGCAUCGAGCGGCGUUCGGCAUCCGCAUCCGCCGGUCGUGCCCGCUCGGCCCGUCUCUCGGUAGCAACAGCCAACCAACUAGCGGCCUGCCGCAGCUAGUCGACUUAGCGAGCGGUGAGCGCACCGAAGUACACAGCUAGUCGUCGCCGGUCGCGUACGUUUCCCGUGCCAUCACGCCAUCGAGCCCCUUGUAGGAUUGGUGGCUCAGCCGGCUGGUUUUCUCUGGUCGGAUGGAUCUAUGGUGUGUCGCAGCGCGCAGCAAGCCUCGUGUUCGCAGCGCGAAUGUGAAAAAGUUGGCCGAUUGAUUCUAGCGUGCAGCCGCGCCGCGCGCCUGCUAUGCGGAGGACAAAGCAGUCGUCGGUGCUGCGCCAGUGUGACUCCCUAAUAAUUCGAACCACCAGCCAGUGCGAAUCCCUUUCUAAUCGCGUCGUGAUGACAUAAUGAGCCAGAACGCCAACGACUGCUUGUCGGCGGAGAGUCUAGCGGGGCCGGUAGGUCAAGCGGCGAUGGAAGAGUUCGUCCAUCGCUACCUGGUGCCUCUCGAAGCGGCACGUUACAAGGGCUACGAACAGCUCGUGCCCGAGCUGAAACCAACACCGCCGGUGGUGAGCAUCGACACCGAGAACUACAUGCUGCGCGGCGUGAGCCCGGCUCCCGAACCGCAGCAAACGCCGCCGGCGAUGCGCUCCAACCGGUCGGACGUCGACGUCGAAAUGUUUGUGCUGCGUGAAUCCGCCAGUUCACUCAACGGUGGUGGCGGUGGCGACGCCGGCGUUGUCCCCGAACCAUCCCCCAGCUACUGCGCCAGACCGAUCUCGGUGCACGGCUUCCUGUGCUCCUGCCACCCGACGUGCUGCUGUACGUGCGCCUCUUUAUGUUCACCAGAUUGCCAUGCCUGUUACCACAACGUGUGCGCGCGGUUCGCCUACGUGCAAGGCUGCCAGAAGGUGCCCGGCGCCCCACCACUCAAACUGGAAAACCUGCCGAUCGCAGAGUGGACUUCGGCGAAUGUGAUCGAAUGGAUGGCCGCGCUGAAUUUGUAUACGUACUCGGACGUCUUCAGGUGCAAGGACAUCAAAGGCACGGACCUUUUGAAUUUGGACAAAGAAAAACUUACAAUAAUGGGUAUCAAAGAAGAAUUCCACCAGAAAACGAUCCUCAAUUGCGUCAAUGAGCUGUUGUAUACUAAAACAGAGGAUGGCGAGCAUCUGCACGAUGUCAGCCCGUGCGACGAACUCGACGCGCACAACAUGCUCCAGCAGAGUUUCAGCUCGCUGGAGAAAUGUACAAAAUGUAACAAGUAUCUCAGAGGAUUACUGCAUCAAGGCGUUUCGUGUCAAGAUUGCGGAAUUGUGGCGCAUAGAACAUGUGCAAAGUCAGGAUUGGCGUCACCAUGCAAGGCGUCCAACAAGAAGUCUGUGGGCAAGUUUGGACAAAGUCUCUGCGUCCAGUUCGAUCCAGCGGAAUCGCCAGCUCCGAAAAUUUUGGUAUUUUUGAUGCAAGAAUUGGAGAACUUGGCUGAAUCGAACACAAAUCUAGAACUUUACAACCUCUACGUGGCCUCAGCGCUUGGUGACCAAGUGUACGAAUUGAAACGCAAACUCAACGAGGAGCAGAAGGUGGAGCUGUCGGAGUAUUCUCCCGCGUGCAUCGCCAACGUGAUCAAGAUGUAUUUGCGCGAGUUGCCCGAUCCUAUCAUUCCUGUGCAGUGGUACGAUCGAUUUUUGGAAGCUGCAAAAUCGCGCGUUGACAGCCACUGUAUCUCCCAACUGAAUGCGCUGGUGCAGGAAAUACCUACGCCGCAUCGCAGCACCCUGCAGUUUGUCAUGUCGCAUUUGUGUCGGAUGUGCCAAAUGGAGCACGCGCGUGGCAACAAGAGUCUGCCGAACGUGCUAGUACAAGUCAUGUGCCAUUUACUUUUACGUCCACCAUGGGAACAUAUAAUACAAGUGGUGUACAAUACACAAUUACACAACCGUAUAGUAGAAACCCUCCUUCUUCACCAUAACUGGGGUGUAACUCUUCCGGAAUUCGCCGCUGUACCAGCAAUACCACCGCGGAAAGUCUCCAGAGUCGGCGCUUCGCAUAUGACGCUGGAACGUGAACGCGACAAAGAAAAACCAGCGAGUAAUAAUCUCCAACAUCAAGAAUGGUACUGGGGUGAUAUAAAACGCGAGGAAGUCAAUGAAAAACUAAAUGAUACCUGCGAUGGCACAUUUUUGGUGCGUGAUGCCUCGAAUAAGUCCGGAGAGUACACGCUCACGCUGCGUAAAGGCGGCGCUAAUAAACUGAUCAAAAUAUGUCACUGCAACGGUCUCUAUGGCUUCACCGCACCGUAUGCGUUUACAUCUGUUGUGGAACUCAUCAACAACUUUCGCACCAAAUCACUUUCUGCAUACAACGCUUCUUUGGAUAUUAAACUGAUGUAUCCUCUGUCGAAAUUCAACAAGGAGGACCAGGAGGAUCGACUUAUGAAUGAUAAUAAUGUGGAUAAACUAAAACAGCACUUUAUCGAGGUGUGUGCUAGUCUUGCGGAUAAAAACAAGCUGUUGAACACUCUCAAUGGUGAUCUGGAGCGUAAUCAACGCCAAUUAGAGUUUAAACGUCAUUCUUUAGACGCGUUGAAAGAAUUGGUGAAGGUGUUUAAAGAACAUACGUUGAUUCAUGAGAAAAUUCAGGCGGAAGCACAGCCACACGAGAAAGAAGGCGUGAAAAACAAUUCGGAAGUUCUGCGGGAAAGACGAACUGCGAUGGAAGAAAGUUGUGAACAACUUGAAAAGAUUGUCAAGCAAGGCGAAGCGUUCAAUCGAGCACUUGAACGGGAGAUCACGUCUUUAAAACCGGACAUUGUCGAGUUGUUUAAUGAACGCGACAAGUACAAAAAAUGCUUGGUCAACAAAGGUGUCAAGAUGGACGACUACGACUCCAUUAUCUUCGACGACAGCGACAACUUACCGCACAAUGACGAGAGCACAUGGCAGAAACUGAACUGCGAUCGUCCAACCGCCGAAAAACUUCUCGCUGGCAAGCCGGGCGGCACGUUCCUCAUCCGCAAAUCCAGCACCAAUCAGUAUGCGCUCUCAAUCGCGUGUAACGGCUGCGUGAAUCAUUGCAUCAUCUACGAAACACCGCGAGGCUUAGGUUUCGCCGAGCCGUACAACAUCUAUCGGUCGCUCAAGGAACUAGUGCUGCACUACGCGAAGAAUUCGCUGGAGAUACACAACGAGUCUCUGAAUACAACCCUAGCCUAUCCCAUCCAUUCACAUUCGAUUUAAUACAAAGCUGGACAAGGAAUUAAUUACGCUACGAGUGAGAAAUGAUUAAUAUAAGGAAAAAGUGCUUAAAACCAUGUGAUGUGAUAAAAACAAAACAAAUGAACAUAUUAAAUUAUAUAAAAUUUAAACAUUAUUAUUAAAAAUUGAUGUGGUCUCUUAAACUGAUGGAAAUGUUACACAUAAUUAACAUAUAUACGAUUUAUAUGACGUGCAGAGCAAUGAAGGAAGAAAUGAUGAAGCGGAUAUAAUUUAAUCGAUGCAAAUUUUGUUAUAUUUAUGUACAAGUCGUGGACUCUAUAUAUCAUGGUUAAAAAUUAUCUAUAACUUAUGAUUAGUUAGGAUCCGUGGAGAAAACAUGAACAUUUUUUAACAAAUCAUCCAUAACACCAUGUGUUAAAAUGACUGUGAUAGUGUACUAAAGAAGAAAAGGGCAAGGACAGUCGCGGGGCAGGAAGUGGUUGGUGGUGUGAAGUUUGGUGGAAAUGGAAGGUCUUCAUGUCAUUUCGUAUUCUAUUAUCUCUCACCGUUUUUGUGCACUACUUUUUUACGAUAUAGUUUAUUUGAUACUCGAUAGAUGCGGAAAAAUGUAAUACAAAGCAAAAUCAAAAGCGUCGUGAGACAAUAUUGCGUCAUAUUUUUGAUAAUGUGUAUGAUGAAAGCAAGCAAGAGCAAAAAGAUGCCACACAGAGUGAAUUUUGAGCAGGAGUGAAACUUUUCAGCGGCUCGAUCAUAUUCUAUUCAUGUAAAAUGAGUUUUUCAUAAUUUAAUAUUAAUAUUUUGUGUCAGAGGGCAGCGCCCUCUUUCUAAAUGAUUGUUAAGUUUAAAAUUUGUAUUUUGUUUGCGAUUUUUUUGAUUGUCUUUCAUGUUUUUUUUCAGUCUUUGUUUCAUCGAGCCGUUUGAACAUUUUUCAUGCUAUUUCUUUCACUCUGUAGGAAAUUAAGAAGGAAACAAUACUACAAUUAACACGCUUGUUGGUUGGUUAUGCACUGACACUAACGAUGGCGACAACCAGUCAUACAUUGAUGUAGUAAUGGUGGAUGAAUCAAACCGUUUUAAGUUUGAUUAUCUUCUGCUUUGAUACUUUUAGUUCAAAUGCGAACAUGAAUACACACACAUUGUAAAAGUAAGUCGUCGUUCUUGCUACAUAUGAAUUACUUCAUUAUUAUUUGUAUUAUACAAUAAAGAUGAUAUUUAUAUGA